AUGCACCUCCUCCGACUACCAAACGAGCUCCUACAAUUGGUCGCAGACAAUCUGUCCACGGACGCAGACCUGAACGCCUUAAUCCAAACACACAGUUGCUAUUACCACCUGCUGAAAACUUAUCUGUUUGAGCACAAUGUCCGCUAUGGCGAAAGCUCUGCCCUCGUCUGGGCCGCAGCGCACGGCCACAUAGAAAUAGCAAAAAAGUCACUUCGAGCAAAAGCAGAUGCCAACGCCCUGAGUCCUCUCCACCGUUCUAUAUUCAAGCUCAACUUGUGUACUUGCCCAAGUAUCCUCUUGCCCGCUGAUCAUGCUUGUGAAUGGUGCCCAACCGACCGUCGGCACAGGUCAACGCCGAUCAUGCUUGCGGCAAUGAAUGGGCACAAGGAGAUUGUCGAGCUUUUGGUCCACCACGGCGCCGACAUCAAUCGCCAGGUCGGCGGGGUAUGUACCCCUAUACUUGGGGCGAUAGGACAUGGGAAUGUGGAUGUUGUGGAGUAUUUACUGAUCACUGGUGUUAAUCUGGAUGUCACUCUGGAUGGGUUCUGGGACUAUGAUCCACUCGAGCUCGCAGCGCAUGAAGGACAUGCAGAGGUGGUGAAAUUGCUACUUCGGCAUGGAGUUGAUCCCAACAAGUCCUCAGCACUCGCGCUUGCCACAAGUAUGGGCAAACUGGAGGCAACGCGUGUGCUACUUGAAGCGGGAGCAAGCAUCGAGCGAGUAUGUACUAGAAACCAGAUGGAUGCAUUGUUCAAUGCAGUGGAUAGGGGUGAGGCAACAGUAGUCGGCUUGUUGAUCGAGUAUGGGGCCAACCUUGAAAGCAGAGAUAGCGACGGCAUGACUCCCCUCGCAUAUGCUGCCUAUUUCAGAAGACCUGAAGCUGCUGAAGUACUUCUUAAUCAUGGUGCCAACAUCGACGCCUUGUCACAGGGCUUGACAGCGUUAUCUUUCGCGAUCGAUGAAGGAAAGGUGCCAAUGGUGAAGCUACUACUCGAGAACGGUGCUGAUUUGACCAUAACCAACGAGCCACUUCUCUUACGUAUACUUAAGAGCAAUAGAAUUCACAACCAGGAAGCGGACGCCGCGAUAGUCGAGCUGCUACUAUAUCACGGGGCUGAUCCCAACUGCUGUGACCGGAAAGGAAGGACACCAUUGUUCCUUGCGACAGUUAAACAGAAAGUCGAUAUUAUGAGGGUGUUGCUCGCGCGCGGAGCCAAUCCAAAUCGAGAAGACGAGGAAAUUGAUUUAUUAUCGUGGGCCUUUCUAAAAGGUCAUGAAGACGUGGUGAAUAUGUUACUCGCUUAUUGA